AACAUUGCAUUUACAAUGGCACACAAACAGUUCCGAGAAGUUGAUCAAAGCCGCAGUGAUGUCUGACACAGGAAAGACCCUGACCUGGGAAUUUCAGGGGAUUUUUACAACUGCAUCAAAACAGUGGAAAUGACUUGCACCAUUGUUACAUCCAGGACAGAAUGGGUAUAUAACCAUGUUUAAACGGUUGUCCCUGGUGUUACUAUGGUGGUCUGUGGUGUAAACAUGUUGGUGCUGGUGGUCAUUGCUGCUGUGGUGCUAUCUGUCGCAGCCCAGCAGCCGUUUGAUGUACAGAAAAUGUACAAGGAAUGUCAAAGGGAGUCUAAUGCCACAGAUGAGGAGUUGUCAGCUUUCCAAAAAAGUCAAAGCAUUCCAACAACACAGCAUGGGAAGUGUCUUCUAGCUUGCAUAUUUCAAAAUACAGGGGUGAUGACAAGUGAUGGCAAAUACAACGUAGACGGAGUUUUCAACUUGGCGAAACAGUCUUACAUGAAAUCUCCAGAGAAACUGGCAAAGGCGAGAAAAGUUGUGGACAUUUGUGCAGAACAAGUUAAAAGUGCAGAGGAUGAGUGUGAAGUAGCUGUGAUAGUUGCCAACUGUACAAUGACUACAUCAAUGAAGCUUGGACUUGAAUCUGCCUAAUCCCAGCUGUGAAGAAAGCACUGAAAUCUUUUAUCAAUGUAAUUAGUAUUUAUUUAUUUUAUAACAUUUACGAGGAUGGAUUUUAUAUGUAAAAUGUAUUCUUUUUACGAAAAAUAUAAACCAAAACAUAUUGAG